GCCAGCGCCAGUCUCGCCUGCAUGACGCCGACUCACACAGCCGAGCUCAGGAGCUACUGAAACUGCUGCUGCCGCUCAAACCACAGGGCGAGAAGCGCGACCGUGGUAACAGGAUAGAAAUAAUUUGAGUGUGAAAAGUUGAAGGAAGGAAGAAGUUGGGAGGAUUGAAGUGAAGUUUCAAACAAGGCAAGAUGAAGACAUGCAGUAGUUGAGAGCAGGUACGGAUGCAACACUGAGCAUUAUUGACUGGACUCAUUAAAAGGAACCUUGAAUGGAUAACACUGCAUCUGGAGGACAGUGGCGGAGUGACGCCGACUUUGAAGAAAGGACUGUUUCCAAGAAACUUGAAUUUAAAUUAAUUUGCGGGAAGAGGCCAGUUUGGCUGAAAAAGUCUCCAAGGACACGUUUUUUUCACACUCGACGGAUUCCUGUCUAUUUUCCAGAAAGGUGAGACACCAUAUUUUUAUCUAGAGCCACAAUUCAUCCUGACUGUCACCUGGAAACUGGACAUUUUGAAAACUUCAAGACCAAAGCCACCUUCAGACUUUUUUUGGGCAGCUGUCACUGUUAUGAUGUUUCAUAACACACUUAAGUCCAACGAGCCAUCGGAGCAUAGCCCCAGGACCACACACUCCGCUGCACAGAGGAGGCUGUGGAGAUACUCGGGCUGCAGGAGGGCCGGACAGGUGGAGAGUCACCGUCGCAGCGUGUGUGUACUGGCUGCAGACUUGAACGGUGGAGAAGGACAAAGAGGAGGAGGUGGAGGUGUGAUACACACCAUCCACGGGCUGUGCCACCUCUGCAUCGGAUGUAGGCUGCCUCAGGUGAACAUCCUCCGAGGAAAGGAUGGAUUCGGCUUCACCAUCUGCUCAGACUCCCCUGUGAGGGUGCAGGCUGUUGAUCCAGGGGGCCCAGCGGAUCAGGCAGGUCUGCAGCACUUGGACACCCUGCUGCAGCUAAACGGUCAGCCCGUGGAGCAAUGGAAGUGUGUGGACCUAGCCCAUGCUAUCAGAAACAGCGGCAAUGAAGCCAAACUGGUGGUGUGGCGCACGGGCCCUUCAGCUAAGCCUAAUUUCGAGGGCCUCAUCCAUCGGCCCUCCUACAAUCCGUCCACCUCAAACUAUGACGCCCCCUCGCCCCCAACCCGCAGGCGCGUUCCAGAUGUUGGUGCGAGUAAAUCCCCCCCGGUCGUGCCGCCUCUCCCAGCCCACCACCGUGCCACCGCCUCCCGCAGGCUGCUGGUCAACGGCUCUGAAGCUGGAAUGGGGGGAGGCGUAGGCAUUGGGACUCUGGGUGGGUGGGGGGCCCAUGGGGGGUCGGCCGAGGAGCUGGACGGGAAACCGCGCCUCCUCCACCACCCUCACACUGCCACGCUGAAGGGGACCCGCGUGAAGGCAUCCAACGGGGACAACUACAUCAUCCUGGCCCCCAUCAACCCCGGAAGCCAGAUCUUGAGGCCUGUUUACCAAGACAACCAGGGGACAUUAGCCGGCAGGUUAUACCCACGGCAGGGCUCUGGCCCACAGCCCCAGAGCAGUGCUGGUGGAGGUCCUAGUAGUAGUAGUAGUAGUGGAGGAGGAGGAGGAGGGGGUUUCUCCAGCCGAACUGGCUUCCUACGUAGGUCUAACAACUCUAAGACAACAAAGACAGCAUCCACCUCCACCAACGCCGGUGCACCCAACUACCAGCAGCAGAAUGCUAACUUUGCCAAUUACCAGAACUGCACCAUCGUCCGCUCACACACUCCACAUGCCAACUACGGAUAUGUCAAAGUGGCUCCCAAGAUCCUCAUCUUCCCCAUCUUUGUUCAGCCCCUCGACCUGUGCAGCAGAGCGCUCAUCUUAUCCGAAGAGAUGAUACUCCAUGAGAGCAAGCACCACUCGCUCAAGGUCACAGUGUUUGUGUACAGUGACCUGAUGCUGGUGACAAGAGAAGACGAGCCCGGCAGGUGUAAUGUCCUCCAGAGUCCGCUGUUCCUCCGGCAGCUCAGGCUCCAGGACGAUUACGCUGAAGAACUGAGGUUCUACCUUAUUCACAUGACAGAGAAGUGUGACUGCCUGCUCAGCCUGGAAGUAUAUUCAGCAGACCAGAAGCGCCGUGUGUGUCAGUGCCUGAAGGACAACAUUGACAAGCAGCUCCAGCUUCACAGGAGGGAGGCUUCCUUUCAACAUUUUGAUGAGAUGUUGGAGCCUAAGGAUGAUGCCCCUUCCUGUGAGCUGGGCGGAGUCGGAGGAGAUCACGGUGGUGUGUGCCUGCACAUGCCCCCCCGCAGCUCAGAGGGUGAGGAAAGCAGCCUGUACCCCUCCAGUCCCUCAGAGCCCCCAAACCUGGGCAGCCCUCACACCUCAGAGCCUCUCACCCCUCUGGAUGAGGUCUACAUGCCUCUUGGGGGACUCAUGGGGUCUGGGGAUAGACACAAGGUGCCUCCCACACCACCUCCAUCCACUGAGGGUGAGGACUGGAGGAGCAUGGAGGGCAACGAGAUGGAGAUCUGGAGGGAGGUGAGUACGUUGGAGAGCAGUAGGGAGGAAGAUGAAGAUGAUUGGGCCAGCAAAAAGAGUGUCGGCAGUGAGGGCGGAGAGAAAGUGGAAGAAGAGGGGGAAGGAGAGGAUGAGGGAGAGAGGAAUGAAGAGGAGGUCAACCUAAACCUGGUGGUGUGCAACACUGAUGAAGAAAACGCCUCUGAGCCACUAGAAACCAACGCCCCCCCUUCCUCCUCAUCCUCCUCAUUUGUCAUCCCCGAGCUGCGCCUCGACCGCUCCUUCAGCGCCGACGCCCUCUCCUCACCCAACACCGAUGAAGAAGAGUACGACGAAGAAGACGACGACGACGACGAAGAGUCCGAGGAAGAGGACGAUGAAGACGACAGUGACGAUGCCUACCUGCAGCGUAGCGACAGCAAGCGCCGCAGCAUGGUGGAGGGGGCCACCUGUGAGAAGCAUGGGGGGGGGCGGCUCAGCGUGCAGAACUCCCUCCGCAGGCGCACCCACAGCGAGGGCAGCCUCCUGCAGGACCCCCGCACGCCUUGUUUCACCUCCGACAACGCCAUCAACUGCCUGGAGGCCGGGGGGGCGCACCACAAGGGCGGCUGGACACUCCCCUCACCCAAAACCCUGAAGAAGGAGCUGACCAAGAGUGGAGGCUCCAUGCAUCAGCUGUGCAUGCUGUUCUCUGGGAGGAAGGUAAGCUCAUCACACUCAAACAAUUCUAUAGACUGA